AUGACACCUUCAUCUCACCCAUCAUCUACUACACCGCUGCCACCGGCGACUGUUUCACCUGGGACACAGCGGUCGGGAAAUCCUUCUCCGUGGACACGACGACGGGCCACUUUGUCUGUGCGGACAACCAGUACGCGGUGCUGCAGGUGUGGCAGUCGUCCAAGAACUGCGAUAAUUUGGCGGAUGCGAGUGUGGGCGCUUUGGCGACUAUGCCGACAGAGGGGGGAUGUAUUAUUGCCCCAGUGCGGUCGGCGCGGUUGA